AGCCAGGCCUGCUUCGAGCACGUUAAUUUGUACGCAUUAACUGUCUCGUCUCGUUAGAUGGAGUAUAAUUAUGUGCCAGAACGCGAUGAGAAAGUUAUAAUGAAUAAACGUGAAGUAAGAAUGAUAUAAUUGUCAUAUUUCACACGAUUGAUAUAUAGUUUCUUCUUAUUAUAAAUAUACAGAAACACCAGGAAAUAAGAACAUGGUUCACUUUGGUGAUUUCUUUUCAAAUUACCACCACUCUAAGUCUAAGAGAACCAACUAUUAAUAAUGAAAAAUUUUCCAAAAUAAUUGUCCUUUAUAUUCGAAAGAACGUGACAUUUGGUCGGUAAAAAAUACACGUGUGCAAGUGACUUCCGUGUGUCUGUAAUAGUGUGAGAAAAAUAUCAUCCGUCCGGUGGUCGAGCGAAGCAGAAAAAGCUGGUCGAAUGAAAAGAAGAUAAUGUUCCUUUGAAGGAUAACAAGUAAAAUCGAUUGGAAAUCAUGAACUACACAAUGGUCCUAUUCGAUUCGACUGAUCGACAAAUUUCUCGGGGCUUCGACUGGCGACGAUAGAUACAAUGACGGUGACGACAACGCCCUCUGGGUCCCUGGAAUUAAUUCAAUGCAACCCCUCGAUCAAAGGAGAAUCGAGACCAAGAUAUCUUGAGGGUGGUGUAAAGACGUCGUCAUUAAUUUCUUCGGACCUGGCAAACUGCAAGCUGCCUGAAUCUCGUCGUUCAAGCAUCUUUUUCAAUGGAAGAGAUGCUGAGCUUGUUCCUUCUGUCGCUUCUCGACAAUGAUUCAAGACUAUUAAUAUACCUCCUAUUUAUAAAUUCCAUGACAUUUUUAUGUCUGACUAUUUUUAAUGGCAAUCCAACCGAUCUUCAAGUGUACCGAGGCGUUAUUCCUUUGAUGGACAGAACGAUUGUGAGCCGCCAUUUUCUUGGAUAGCUGUUGGGACCGGAUAUUCCAAACAUUUUCAGAGCCGGCGCAUCCGUGACAGAGGCCACUCCUGGACACGGCCAGGAUCCUAAGGAGGUCGCCCAUUUCCAAGGAUUCAAUUCUUCCUCGAAAAUGGGCUGCUGUGGUUGCGCGGACGAACCAUCAUCCAAGGUGGAACCAACAACACCAGAAAAUGAGGGCAUAUCAACGAGACACUCGGAACACGUUUUCGUCACCGAUCGAUCCUGCACCGAUAUUCUGAUUUUGAUCCUUGUGAUCGGUCUCGCCAUCGGUUACGGCUUCCUAGUUAGGAACGCGGUGGAGAAAGGUGACGUUUUUCGUGUAAUAAAUGGCUAUGAUAACUGUGGAAAUGUCUGCGGUCGUGUCACAAAGGGCGAAACUGAUCCAGAAUUUCAAUGCAAGGGUAAAGACAUGACGAAUAUGCGGUAUCUGCUGAUGACCAUGGAUGCGAAUGGGGUGAAGUCACGCAACUGCGUGGCCAACUGCUCCGAUCAACACGUAUCGUUCCUGAACCGAUGUGUACCCAAGGAGUAUUCCGAGACAGCGACUUCACUGAUCAGGAAGCUCGGGUUAGAUAAUUUCUACAGGGAGGCUUCAAGGGAUCUGAGCGUUGCAUGGAGGGAGCUGAUCUACCUUCUCUUAAUCGCUUUAGCCAUCUCGGUGGGAAUCUUAAUCGCCUUUCGUUACAUGGUCCAAUGGGUGGUUUACAUUGUGCUGAUCGGCGUUAUACUGGCGUGUAUAGGUGGCUCGACUUUCCUUUGGCUAGCGUGGUACAACGAGAGGAAAGGAGUACAGACGCGCGAAAUACCGGAAGAGGAUUCGAGCGAGCAGGCUUACUUCGUCUACGCGAUAAUACUCUCCGUCGUUACAGUCAUCACACUUCUGAUCAUAUUGGUGAUGAGAAAAAGAAUCGCCUUGGUGAUGCAGCUGUUCCGCGAGGCAGGAAAAGCUGUUUACGCGAUGCCAGCCUUGUUACUUCAACCUAUAUACACAUACUUGUUAAUCGGUUUCACCGUCUGUGCCUGGAUCUACUGUGCGAUGUGGAUAGAAAGCGCGGGAAACAUCUACAAGAACCGAAAGAACCAUAUCCAUUUCAGAAAGGAUGCUUUAUUAAUAACGACUAGAUGGUACAAUUUAUUUUUCUUCUUCGUCACCUGCGAGUUCCUCCUGGGUUGCCAACACAUGGUGGUCGCGUUGGCUGUUGCACGUUGGUUCUUUACCAGGGACAAAAAGCAACUUUCCCUGACUGUAACUCGUGGCUUUUGUUACCUGGUGCGCUAUCACCUGGGCACCGUUGCAUUUGGCGCGCUGAUAAUUGGCAUAGUCCGACUGAUAAGGGCGAUAAUUAACUUCGUUCAGAACCGCCUGAAGCGUUACGAUAACGACCUCGUGCGAGGGAUAUUAUGGUGUUGUCAGUGUUGCUUUUGGUGUUUCGAAUGCGCUUUGAAAUUUCUCACCAGGAACGCUUACAUCGAGACAGCCAUUUACGGAUGCAAUUUCUGCGUGGGAGGAAAGAAAGCCUUCCAGGCCUUAUCGAGCAAUAUUUUAAGAGUAGCUGCGAUUAACAGUGUCGGAGAUUUCGUUUUAUUUUUAGGGAAGGUCCUAGUGGUUACCUUAACAGUCGUCUCAGGAAUCUAUCUAAUACAGAAGAAGGAAGGUCUGCAUUAUCCAUGGGUACCAAUCGCUUUAGCAGGAGUGUUUGCCUUCUUGGUGGCACAUUGUUUCAUCUCCAUCUAUGAGAUGAUCAUAGACACGAUAUUCCUUUGUUUCUGCGAGGAUUGUGAGAAGAACGAUGGUAUCAGCAGACCAUACUUUAUGAGCCGUGGAUUGAUGGAAUUCGUGGAGAAUAGUAAAAAAGCUCUGCAUCAUUUGGACCAUCAAGCAGCGCACACGUAAUGGUAUCAUUCGUUAGAAAACCGAUGCAGCAUUCGAGAGACCCGUAGGACUUUCAAUACGUGCCUUUCGACUCAGUGUGGCAUGAAGCACUCAGAAAUGCCUGUGUAUUCUUUUUUUUUUUUGGUCACUCUACAAGUUCUUCCCAUAGUGAUAUUUUCGUGAAUUAUUUUGAAGAACAGAAAUGGAGGUAUCUCUGCUUUUUACCUUCACCGAAAGCGUGACACGAUCGAGGGUUACAGGAAGUAUUAAUCUCUUUGUCACGGUGUCUUCGUACAGGGAAAGAAAGUGAUUAAUUACGCCACGUUUCCAAAAUGUCCUCUUUUACAAAUCGCCCGCAAGACUUGCACACGGAUAUAGAAUACGCUUCCUAUUUGAAUCGUAGCCAAGAAUGAACGAGACGACCCUCGAGGUUGUAAAAGAGGUACACGAUUGUAACAAUUGUUUUUAAACAGAUUACGUAAGAGAAAAGUGAAUCAAAUUUAUCUUUAUGAAUGGUAAAAAUGCUACAGUUAAUACUGUUUAAGGUUUUCAGGUACAAGAGAUUUACUAUAAGAAACUGUUUCGAAUAUUUUCCCAACGUUGCAGCUAAUUUCAUUAAGUAUCACAAUACUUAAUUAUUAUUAUUAGAGGAUAAUAAUGAAACUGACCUCUAACGAAGACAGUUGCAAGCAGUGAUAAGCGAUGACUUAAAUACCUUAGAAUCUAAGUAUAUGCAGAGAAUUUUAAUUUUACAUAAACCCUGAUGGUAUGGAAAUUUUCGAAAGCCUUAAACCGUACUAAUAGUUGCAAAUUGAACCUUGAAAGUCUAAAAACUCUCAAGGACAAAAUAGUAUAAUAAGAGAAUUGUCUAUGACGUGAAUUAGUCACGUCCAAUUGUUCGUAUACUAAUUGUUAGUUAAAAACGAUAAGUACUGUGUACGCACACUCGUUAACAUUCUUCUGCGAAGAAGAAUGAACAUAGUUUAUUGUUAACGUUGCCUUCAAGUUACGAUUACCUCAAAUCUUCGUUAUCGAAGAGGUCUACAAAACGAACAAGUUGACUGAAUGGUUGCAGCUUUAAAGAUGCGAUAUCCUUGCGCGAACAAAUUUUUAACAUUCCGAUUCCUAAAUGAUAGCAUGUAUCAUUUUUCUUUUGGUCUCCAAGUCGCUCGCUUGUACAUAGACUUAUCGUACGAGCUGUUUAUAUGCAUUUACUCGCAUUGAUGACGUUCAACAUUCAAUUAGGAUAUCUCGUUUCCUACCGUACGGAUAUAAUAAUACUCGGAUAGUUUAAAGCGCGAAAGAAUCGACGCAACAUUGUGAGGCUUUUGAUAUUUUGAAAGCGUCUUACGGACGAGUGAAACUAAGUUGCCAAGAGCCAGGCUGAACAAGUGCCAAAAAGGCUGAAGAAUUGAUUAAAUGUUGUAACGCCACGAACAGAACUGUCCACGAGACACGUGGCGUGGAUAAUUAGUGGCUGCCUGAGCUAAUUACAUCGAUCAUCGUGCCUACAUAUAUUUUUCUUUCUCGUGUGAAAUCAGCCAAUCAAUGAUGAUGCAUCUAACGCGUCGAUCGUUCGACCGAUAAUGAAUCAACAAGAACAAGUACAAUGUCAUUUGUAAACGGUUACAGUCUUAAGUUAAAUAUAGUACUAUAAUUUUAAUAAAUGUUGAAAAGAAACAGA